AUGGCAGCCCGCUUCUUCACACGAUGCUUCGACAAGCUCCGUCGUAGGUGGCUGCUUGUCGGCGUCUUAGCCUUUCUCCUCACUGCCGCCUUCCUCUUCAAUCGCGAUCGCACCCUUCAGAACACGCUCAGUUACAGCACACGGCCCUUGUGGGACAAGCAGGACCGCACCUAUCCGCAGCAAGAAUUUCGACACUAUACAGCAUGGUCCGUCGCAGCCAACGAUACAGCAGCUUGUCAACGUCACGGCUGGGCGUCCUACGUUCAGCGACCCAAAGUCCUUGACGUGAUCAUCUUUAGCGUCGAGCUCGAGAUGCUCGAGCUACGCUUGCAGGAGCUGUACGACGCUGUCGAUCUUUUCGUCAUCGUAGAGAGUAACACCACCUUCACAGGCAAGCCCAAACAACUUGGCUUUGAUGCCAGCAGAUAUGCCAAAUACAGUGACAAGAUCCGCUACUUUACCAUUGGAGGCAGAGCACUUGCUCCCGGCGAAAGUCCUUUUGCAAUUGAGGGCGAGCAACGAAUGCAUGUCACCGACUUGCUUCGAAGCCAAGUCCAGCCACCAGAAGGCAGUUUGAUCAUCAUGUCCGACGUAGACGAACUGCCGUCUCUCAGCGCUGUGCAGCUCCUCUCGACUUGUCGAUCGCCCCUGCCCUUGCACCUCUCGUUAAAAUCUUACGUCUACUCUUUCGAGUUUCCAACUACAACAAAGUCAUGGAGAACCCAGGUGCAUGCGUGGUCCUCAACAGACACAUGGUACAACCACGGCAAAAGCACCGACCUGCUUCUGCUUGAUGCCGGCUGGCACUGCUCGUCUUGCUUCCGACGCAUCUCGGACUAUCAGUUCAAGAUGCAGUCCUACAGCCACAGCGACCGUCUGUUUGGCAAUCGACAUUGGCACCAGCUCUUGCAACCCAAAGCCAUCUUGCACAAGAUCUGCCAAGGCAAGGACCUAUUUGACAUGCUGCCAGAAGCCUACACCUGGAGCGAGCUUUUGUAUCGAUGGGACGGUGAGACCAAGAGCAACAGCGUAGCCAACCUGCCGAGAGGCCUCUCCGCCAAUCAGCAACACUUCGAAUUCCUGCUGCCUGGUGGGUGUACGGCCAGAGACAUGUCGUCUGCUUUGUAA